ACUCACUCACUCACCUUCUAAAACCCACACCUUCUCAAAACGGCUGGCUUUGCUUUAUGGUAUGCACAACCCCGCAGCUCCUGUGGCGUCUCAUCUCUUUCCGUCAUCCCUCGCCGUCUAACUCCAUCUUCAUCCACCGCUUCUCUCUCCGGCCAUUUCAAAUGGGCAAGGCCGACAAGAGCUCUGCCGCCAACAACUCCGCGCCGGAGCACCCAAAGGACGAUGCUUAUCUCCAAAGCGUCAUUCCUAAGCGAAUCUCUCUCUUCGAAUCCAUCAAAUCUCAGCAGCAAUUGCAGCGCCUUUCUCUCUCCCCUGAUCCCAUCAAGAUUGAGUUACCGAAUGGGGCAGUGAAGGAGGGGAAGAAAUGGAAUACAACGCCCCUUGACAUUGCGAAGGAGCUAUCGAAGAGCUUGGCAUCGAAUGCUUUGAUUUCAAAGGUCAACGGUGUGCUCUGGGAUAUGUCCAGGCCACUGGAGGGUGACUGCAAGCUCGAGCUAUUCACAUUUGAUAGUGAUGAGGGCCGGGAUACUUUCUGGCACUCGAGUGCGCAUAUUCUCGGCCAGUCUGUGGAGAUGAAGUAUGGCUGCAAAUUGUGCAUUGGUCCAUGUACAACAAGAGGGGAGGGUUUCUAUUACGAUGCAUUCUAUGGUGAUCUUGGGUUGAAUGAAGAUCACUUUAAACAGAUUGAAGCGCAAGCAGCCAAAGCUGCCUCGGAGAAACAACCUUUUGAGCGCAUUGAAGUUACUAGAGAUCAAGCUCUUGAGAUGUUCUCUGACAAUAAAUUUAAGGUUGAAAUUAUUAAAGAUUUACCUGAAGACAAAACUAUCACAGUAUACAGAUGUGGCCCCUUGGUAGAUCUAUGUCGUGGACCACAUAUUCCAAAUACAUCUUUUGUUAAGGCAUUUGGGUGCACAAAGGCUUCCUCAGCAUACUGGAGGGGAGAUAAAGACCGUGAAAGCUUGCAAAGGGUUUAUGGAAUAUCUUAUCCUGACCAGAAACGCUUAAAGGAAUACCUUGCAAUGCUGGAAGAAGCGAAGAAAUAUGAUCACAGGGAACUGACAAAGAAGCAGGAGCUAUUCUUUUUUCACCCUUUAAGCCCUGGAAGUUGUUUCUUUCUCCCUCAUGGCGCUAGAGUUUGCAACAAGCUCUUGGAGUUUAUACGUGGUCAGUACUGGAAGCGAGGUUAUGAAGAGGUUUGGAGCCCAAAUGUAUACAAUAUGCAGCUUUGGGAAACUUCUGGUCAUGCUGCAAACUAUAAGGAGAAUAUGUUUGUAUUUGAGAUUGAUAAACAAGAAUUUGGCCUCAAGCCAAUGAAUUGCCCGGGACAUUGCUUAAUCUUUGACCAUAGAGUUCGUUCCUACAGAGAAUUGCCACUUAGGCUAGCAGACUUCGGUGUUCUGCAUAGAAAUGAAGCCAGUGGUGCACUUACUGGAUUAACACGUGUCAGAAGAUUUCAGCAGGAUGAUGCUCACAUCUUCUGCAGGGAGUCACAGAUCAAGGACGAAGUCAAAGGUGGAUUAGAAUUCAUCAAUCAUGUCUACGAGAUAUUUGGCUUCACCUAUGAUCUGAAGUUAUCUACAAGACCAGAAAAAUAUCUUGGGGACUUGGAAACAUGGGAAAAGGCUGAAGCCGCUCUUACAGAUGCACUCAAUGAAUUUGGGAAGCCCUGGGAGAUAAAUGAGGGUGAUGGAGCAUUUUAUGGGCCAAAAAUUGAUAUUAGUGUUUGUGAUGCAAUGAAGAGGAAAUUCCAAUGUGCAACAUUACAGUUGGACUUUCAACUUCCUCAGCGCUUCAACUUAUCUUAUUCAGCAGAAGAUGAGAGUAAGAGGGAGAGACCAGUUAUGAUACAUAGAGCUAUCCUUGGUUCUGUUGAACGCAUGUUUGCUAUACUUUUGGAGCACUUCAAGGGGAAGUGGCCUUUCUGGCUAAGUCCACGUCAGGCAAUGGUCUGCCCUGUAUCUGACAAAUCUCAAGCAUAUGGCAUGGAGCUGCGUGAUCGGAUUCAUGAAGCGGGUUUUCAUGUUGAUGUUGAUACAUCUGACAGGACAAUCCAGAAAAAAGUACGGGAAGCUCAGGUUGCACAGUACAAUUACAUAUUAGUGGUUGGUGAAAAGGAAGCAACUACUGGAGAGGUUAGCGUCCGAGUGAGAGACAUUCCUGAUCACAAAGUCAUGACAGUUGAUGAACUCCUGGCUCACUUUAAGGAUUUAAUGGCAUCAUAUAAGUAAUACAUUCCUGCUUGUAAGCCAUUUUAUAGAUAGCAGUCAUUCAGACAUUCAGUAUGACUUUUGCUUGAACAUGGCAUAAUACAAACAUCAUUUUCUUCCAAAUUGAUCCACUGUCACGGUAUAUUCUCUGCUUAUACAGGAUUUUAUUUCAUUUGUUUUUUA